AUGGUUCCGCUGGUGGCGGCCGCCGUCCAUCCCCCGCCCUCCCUCCUUGUGGGGUCCCGCCAGCCGCGGCCGUUCACAUGGGCGUCGCCGCCGGCUUGCAGGGUGCCUCUUCGUCGGGGGAGGGGGCUGGCGCCGGCGUUCCCGAGGAUUUGUGGGCUCCUGGUUCCUAGGGGGAGGGAAGCUUCAGUCUCCGCCACCGCCGUCCCUCUUCUGUCGCCUCGCCGGCGGAGGGGGGCCUCUGGGCUCGGCUUCGUCUGCUUCUGCAGCGCCGGAGAUGACGUACGCCGCCGCCGCUUCGCCGGGGAUUAUUACAGGAACUCGCGCCCCCACCGUCCUUCCUUACACGCAGUUUUUCUCGUGAUUCCUCCAGGAUUCUGCUAGCGGCUGGCCGAUCUUCGAUCGGUGGGACGUUCCUUGGAGGUGGCAGACGGUUGUUCUCACCAUGCUCGCCUGCGGGCUAAGGUGAAGAAAGUUCUCCAUUUUCUUCAGUUCAAUCAUUCCUUCCUCUCCAUCGCUGACCCUCUCUUCCAAGAUCAGAGAUCUCCGGGAAUGGGUUUAGCCUGAAACUCCUUCCUUUUGCCCGAUCUCCAGGGACAGCUCCCGCUUUUACUGAAAAUUUUUCAGGCAGUUUUGUUCUGAUAGGUCUCUCCGCGGCGUCCGUCCUGCCAUAUCUAGGGUUUCAGGGAGGGACCCUGAGCUUGGACGAGAGAGCAGAGCUUCUCUUCACCGGCCAGCUGUAAGAUGCCAUCUCCCACUCACUUCACUGCAUCAAACUCGUGCCAAGUGGCUCCCCCCCCCAAUUAAUCUUCUUCUUCUUCUUCUUCUUCUUCUCCUUCCUCAGCUUGGUGACGGCGGUGGUGCUGGGAGUCGUCUUCGGAAUCACCAACUCAUUUCGCCCCCUUCCUGAUGAUGUUUUCUGCUACGGUGAGCUCGCUGCAGACUCCCCCAUCAUGUUCUUCCUUUGUUCUUCAUCUUCUUCCGAAUGGAUCGUUCUAGUCUUCGAGCGCAUGGUAUGAGAAAGGGAAGACGACCGCCGUUGUUUCAGACCUGAGGGAGCCCUUCAGGCUGCAGGACGGCUGGCUUCUGUGGGCGGGCAUCGGCUUCAGCGGCGCGGUGGCCGCCAUAGCUCUGACGGGAGCCACCUCCGCCUUCUUCAGCGGGGAGAAUCCCCAGAGAGAUGUGGGCUUCCUGCUUCCUGCUUCUUCUUCUUCUUCUUCGUCGUCUUCCUCCUCAUUGCUCUCCACUGUUUCAGACGGACGCUCUGGUGCAGCUGCUGCCGCUGAUCGGCUCCUCCUCCACCAGGUACUACUGACACUGAAUUGCCCUGUUCCUCGCCAUUUCUGGGAUUGAUUCAUCCGACAUUCAUCCCCCUCGAGCUCUGCAGCACCGCCGUCCUGGUGGGGAUCACCGGGGUCCUCGCCCCGCUCCUGGAGGAGACCGUCUUCAGGGGGUUCCUGAUGGUGUCGUUGACUAAAUGGCUCCCCACGCCGGCGGCGGCCCUGGUCAGCGCCGCCGUGUUCGCCCUCGCCCACCUCACCCCCAGCGAGUUCCCCCAGCUGUUUGUGUUAGGUGCCCCCCCUCCUCCGACCUCCUCCGUCGCCGUCAUUCAAGCUCUCUGAUCCCUCCUUCUCCUAUUCGCCGGCAGGGUCCGUCCUGGGCCUCUCCUACGCCCAGACUCGGAAUCUCCUCACGCCGAUCGCCAUCCAUGCCCUCUGGAACUCCGGUGUCAUCAUCCUGCUGACCUUCCUCCAGGUACACCAGCACAACCCUCCUCUUCUCCUUCUCCUUCUCCUUCUCCUUCUGCUGCUGCUGCUGCUUUUCUUCUUCUUCCUCCGUCGUCUCUUCAGGUGCAAGGGUACGACAUCAGGGAGCUGGUGCAGGGUUCUUGA